AUGGAGAUCAGUGGUAGUAGCAAGAAGAGGAAGAUAAUUUGCUGUGAAGAGGAUGAAGAAAAAGAAAAAGAAGAUGAAGCGAAAAUGGAGACUUUCUUUGCUCUAGUGAGAAGCAUGCGUGAGACACGUGACCGUUGGAAGAACAAAAUGAAUGAAGAUUUAAAGGAGAAAAAUAGAAUUGUUGGUGUUUGGAAACCUACGUUUCAACUUGAAGAUUUUGCAGAAGAAGGUGCUGAUCAGAGUGAUAGGUGCCGAAACCGAGACCCUAGGGUUGAGAUAAUAGACGGCGUGUCGACUAAGAGCAAUAAUGAUAAGGAAGAUGAUGCAGAAAAUGGUAUUGAUUUGAAGCUUUCACUUUGA